AUGGCCAACGAAGACGUACCUCAACAGUACUGGAACAGCUUACUAGCACUCACUACGAAGGCAAGCGCCGAAUCGGAGAAGCGUGAUGUUACACCUAGACCAAUGAGCGAUGAGGAUCUGGUUAAAGAAGCCGAUCCAGGUCGUCAAAUGGAUGCAAUUUUGCAAAGCCUGCACUCUUAUGCGUCAAGCCCAGCUGAUCUCAACGAAACUGAUCUCGGAAAAAUAGAGGAACUGACAGAUCACUUGGAAGACAUUCUCGGGUAUGCUGAGAUUACGAAUCGCUUUGUUGGCAAAGGAGGUUUACUUGUCAUCGAAACUUUCUUGGCUCAGCGUCAUCACUUGUUUUUGCAAUGUCGCUUUGCUGAGCUGGUGCUCAGCCUCACGGAGAAUAACCCGUCCACGCAAUCAUUAUUUACAAGGGAAGGCCUGCUCGUGAAGAUGUUGAAGCUACUAGAAGAUGACUCAUACAGCGAGAACGAUGGACCACGUAUACUGUCGAAUAUAGUUCGCAAAGCGAGGAAUGGGAAGCUAGCAGGAAAGUCAGCCCGAGUGAUGACAAGUAUCGCCUACACCCUAGAAGAUUCUCGUAUGUUUCAAUCAAUGUUUUUAACUUCCAACUGGGAAUGGGCACUGAACUUGCUUAAAACCUCUCAUGCGAAGCGAUUAACUGUGGAUAUAAUGUCGAAUUUUCUAUAUGUCCUUCGAAGUUUUCCAUCUGAUUGUGGUGCUGAACUGGAGUACAUAGGCGAUUACGUUCUCGCAUCCGUGGACCCGAAGGACAUUCCUUCAGAAAUAUUGGAUGAUGUAGUUACAUGUCUUAAGGGAAGACAGGUCCGCAUCUCAACUGCCGAAGAUUUAGUGAAGAAACUGAGUCCAACGUAG